GGCAGUGUUGAAGGAGGCCGCCAGCUGCACUUGUCGUUUGUUUCAUUCCAGCAAAAGCACGAGAGAGAGAAGUUUUUCAGAGUAGAGCCGAUCUCAGCAGCAGAGAGGGAGUGCUAGAGGAAGGGGGCAGAGCCAUAAGAAAAGAAAAGAGAGAAGCAAGGAGAGCUGUUUGCCUAAACCCUGUUGGCUUCCCCAGUGUGCGUUUCCCAGUGUUGCUCAGCAGACCGUGUUGUAGAGACUGCCACGGUGUCCCUGUGUCUCUGUGUGCUCGCUGCUGACCAGUGGAGAGUGAAAACAAGAGAGGGGGGGGGGGUGCGGGUAGGAGCAAGGAGUAGACUCUGGACAUCCUGUCGGUGGGGUUGCCCAGUCGAAGCGGUUUUACGUGACAGGUCCAGCAAACAUGCAGGAAAGCACAGGUGGAACUAGAGCCGAUGCUAAAGUGAAUAAUCAGUCAGAAACUACUAAAUGUGAAAUGGAAAGUGGUGACGGGAACACCGGAGUCCAAACAAAUGGACUGGACUUUCAGCGGCAGUCUGUGCCGACCACAAUCUCUAACGCACAUGCACAAGCGCUCCUCCAACAGUCUAAGUCGGAAGACUCUGGUGCUCUUCCUGCCUCCGUCCAGCAGAGCGUAUUGCCUCAGACCCAGCUAAUGUUGGCAGGGGGACAGAUUGCUGGAUUGACCCUGAGCCCAGCACAGCAGCUGCUGCUCCAGCAGGCCCAGGCUCAUCUGCUGGCUGCAGCCGUGCAGCAGCAGCAGCAGCAUUCAGCCAGCCAGCAGAACAGCAACACUGGAGCCAACAUCUCGGCCACCGCAGUCACACCGAUUACCCAGCUGCCCCUGUCACAGCCCAUCCAGAUCGCCCCUCAGCUACCGCAGAAUCUAACCCUGCCUCAGUUUGUCCUGGUUCAGCCUGGCCACCCAAUUGCAACACCCUUACAGCCCGCUCAGUACAUCAUCUCGCAGACGUCGUCGGGCCAACAAGGUAUAUUGCCAGCCCAGAGUCUUUUAACUCAACUACCUCAAAGCCAAGCUAACCUCCAUUCGACUCAACCAAGCAUCACCCUUGCUACUAAGCCUGCUUCUCCAACCUGUACAACACCAUCUACAAACAUCAAGAGCCUGCCCCACAGUCAGACACCGCCCAAGCGGUUGGACACCCCCACCAUGGAGGAGCCCAGUGACCUUGAGGAGCUGGAGCAGUUUGCAAAAACGUUCAAACAGCGACGAAUCAAACUGGGUUUCACACAGGGUGAUGUUGGCCUAGCUAUGGGGAAGCUCUAUGGAAAUGAUUUCAGCCAAACGACCAUCUCUCGCUUUGAGGCCUUGAAUCUGAGCUUUAAGAACAUGUGCAAACUCAAGCCUUUGCUGGAGAAGUGGCUUAAUGAUGCAGUUUGUGCAGAGAACCUGUCAUCUGACCAGUCCUUGUCCAGCCCCAGUGCGCUGGGUUCCCCGGGCAUGGGCAUAGAGGGCAUCAACCGCAGACGGAAGAAGAGGACCAGUAUCGAGACCAACAUUCGAGUGGCCUUAGAAAAGAGCUUUCUGGAGCAGAACCAAAAACCUACCUCUGAGGAGAUCAGCAUGAUCGCCGACCAGCUCAACAUGGAGAAGGAGGUGAUCCGGGUCUGGUUCUGCAAUCGCCGACAGAAGGAGAAGCGGAUAAACCCGCCCAGCAGUGUCAAUAAUGGAGGAGGUAGCACCUCCAUUAAAACCAUCUUUACCCCUAGCAGCCCUUUGGUGGCGAGCACAGCAAGCCUUGUUAGCAGUCCAACUAUUAACACAUCCGCCACCCUGACUGUAAACCCAAUGAUGCCUCUCACCAGCACCAGUGUCUCCAGUUUGGCUUUCACAGGCACAACAGUUGGAGCCACAAACACUGCAUCUGUCAUUUCCACCACACCUGUACUUACUACAUCAACCAGCGCUCCAUCUAUAAGCCCAUCCACGACCACUGUUCAGUCCCCAUCCAUAGACAGCAAAGCCGGGAUCCAGACGCUGGUCUCGCACACUCCGACGUCCAUAGCUACGUCUCUAGCGACAGGCCAGGUGAUGCUGGCAGCUCCGGGGCUCACCGCAGCGCUGCCCACCAGUGCAAGCUUUGCAGCCAUGGCUGCAGCUGCAGGCCUUAACCCAGGACUCAUGGCGUCAUCACAGUUCACUCCAGGGGGCGCCCUUCUUAGUCUGACUCCUGGUGGCCUCGGCAGUACGUUGAGUCCAGCUGUUAUGAAUAACAACACUCUGGCUACAAUUCAAGCAUUGGCAUCAGGCGGCUCUAUCCCCAUCACAUCCCUGGAAGGCGGCAACCUGCUGUUCGCUAACACCUCUGGCUCCAACACACCCAACCUGGUGACAACGCCGCUCUUCCUUAACCCCCAGAACCUGUCGCUGCUCACCAGCAACCCCGUAAGCCUGGUGUCGGCGGGGACGGGCGGGCUGCAGGUCACCACCGACGCCCACCACCAGGCCACCACCGCUGCCGUGCCUGUGCAAGCCUCGACCAUUACCACUGCCUCCAAGGCUCAGUGAAGCCCGGGUUUUGAGGCCCACGUUUCCCGUCACGAGCACUGCUCCCAUCACGCCGUGCGGGAUAGGGAAUAAGACGGUCGUUGAAUACGCAGGCUUCACUACCCGCUCCACACUUUUCUGAUUAGAACUAGAACAUUAUUAAAUCUAUUUGCUGCCACCAAAAUGAAAACGACAUCCAAUGUAAUUGGGCCUAGUUUUUGUUUUCUCUCCUUUUUAACAUUUUGUUUCACAAACUCUCAUGUUGGCCUGAGCCCUCCAGUCCAGGAGGGACAAAAACUCGCCACCAUCUCUAUGAUGUACAUAUUCUCUUCUAUCUCCAGUUCAGAGUCAAUUGUGAUGCUUUUAACCAAAAAACAAAAAUGUUUUCCAGUUUAACAUUUAAACUAGAAUGUUUUUUACUAAUUUCACAAUGUUUAUCAUGACUAACUAGGGUUUGUGCAUCACUUUGUCUUUAACUUUUAUUUUUUCUUCAUUGACAGGCUUUAACUUUAAUCAUAUCAAAGUUUAACUUUUUGUUUCUUCCCUUUUGCUUUAUGUCCUUUUUUUUCAAAUUGAGAUCUUUAUAGUUCUAAUUAUUAUUCUUGAUUAUUUUAAUAUUCACCUAUCACUUUUUAAUCAUGGUUAUAAGGCUUUAAAAAUAAGUAAUAAGUGGCCGAUUUAAAGGUUAUCGUUGCUUUAAGGGUCGGAGGUGACUGGGCGGGUCUCUCUGCAUCUCUUCUCUGGAAACACUGAGUUUUACGCGUCGCUAUGGCGACCAAGACGCCUUCAAGCUUUUUUAAAACAAGGAUCUAGUUGUGGAUUGUUGACAUGGACGGAAAAUAGCUCAAAAUAUUGUGUGAAGAGCUUUAUAGAGAGCAGGCUGGAGCCUCACCUCUGACUGAGAUGGUUCGGGUUGCAAUGUACUUCUGCAGAUUGUUCAGAUCAGUUUCUGGCUGUGUGUUUUUCUUUAGGAGGACUAGUGCUGGUGGUACUGGCUCAUUGGGGUUAGUUUAUCGUGAGUCUUUUUUCUUUUCAAUAGUAGUACUAUAAUGGAAUUGUGCACAGUAUCUGUACCAAAAAAACUGGAUUGAUGAGCUGCAGUCUGCCUGUUUUUGGGAGGAAUGAAUACGUACUUUAAGAUAUACCAAAAAUAUUUGUUAAAAUAGUCGCUGUGUGUAGUCAGUGUAGCUUAGUCUAGUCGAUAUAUUUAUGAGUACAGAAUCUCUCUUCAUUGUCAACAGAAUAUAAAAAUGCAAUAUUUUGAUUACCAUUUUCCAAAGAUAACUUUUUUUUUUUUCUAAAUUGGCAGCACUACUCGCCAACAAAUGAGAGGGAUGGGAGGGGUUUGGUUGUUAGAAUUUUUUUUUUUUUUUUUACAAAACCGUUUAUUUUUACCACCUGGGCCUUGCCCUCAAUUUUUUUUUUUAUAAUUUUUUAGAGCCAUUUGAAGGCUUGCUUCCUUUUCUAAUCUGUUCUGGUAGCAUUUUUUGACGUUCUUUGGAAACCAUAGUAUAAAGUAGGCAUGGGCUGGUACAAUCUUUACGUUAUUAAGAAAAAAUAGAUAAAAAAACAUGAAUCUCGAUCAAAUUGCUAAUCUUUUGUUAUCUAACAGCAUGACUGAUUGUCAUUUUAACAUUGUAACCUUUACUGGAAAUUAAGGUUUUGGAGGCUGGAAAUAUUUGCAAAGAGAUGCCUAUUUUUUAUGUGUUGUAAGUAAGAGAGGUUUCGCUGCCUUCAUUUGGCCAGCUGACCAGCAAUGCACAGCAGCAUUUGGAGCAGUGGUACCUAUGGUUCCUAAAAGAUUUCACAAAGCGGAUUUUCGAGGUAGGAACUGCAAUCUAGCUUAUUUUAAAGUUGCAGCUUUUUAAAACCCUGGUAUAAUUUGAUACAGCAAACCAGCCCAUGCCUAAUGGAUUUAUUUCCUUUUUGUUGUUGUAGUGCUAAUAUUCAGCCAUAAAACAACAGCUCGAACCAAAGCAGUUUUACUCAGCAACUGCUGUGCCUGUCGGCGCACGCAUGUUGUUAUUCAUAAGGUUUCUACUAUCCCUCCACCCCCUGCAAGUAGUUUGCCAGAUUCUCCCCGAUUUGGUGCUGCUGGAUUCAGAUCACAGAAACAUAGCUUUAACAACUUGCUGCUGGAGCUCCCGACGGGAAGCCGAGCUGUCGAGGGGCCCACAUGCCUCCUUUAUAGCUUUAUGACUACACCCUGUGGAAAUCAGGGUUCAGUAGUCUCCACCCUCCUGCCAGGAGGGCUCACCUCUGUAAAUGCAUCAAUCUGAUCAUCGGAAAGCACUCUUCAUCUUCUUAGCGCCACCUCUUUGUAUCGUCUCAUCUGCAGACACAUUUAGUCAAAUCCUACAGAAAAGUAGCAUUGGACUUUAAUCCAAAUGAUGACUUUGAAUCCUGUAUCCAUUAUUUUUGUGAAAUCUGUCCACACAGUCCUCCUCCUCCUCUUUUUUUAAAUAAUUGUGACUAAAUAUACCUCAGCAGCACUUCAAUAUAGGUUAACCUUUAGACAUUUCUGGGUGUAGAAUGUAUAAGUACUGUCUGGCUUUGCCAUUCAGAGGUUAUACCGUUCAUAGGAACCAUAGCAUUAAAGGACAACCUACUACUACUACUGCUAUUUUCUAGUACUACUAUUUAAGUGAUGUUUCCAGGUUGAAAUGUUAUUUUGAGAACUCUUUUGCCAAAGUAAAAGCUUUUUCUCUUGAAGCUUUUGGAUGUGUGGCCCCCUCCACCCUGCAGGGGGCGCUCAGUCCCUUCCCACUAGUUUAUGUUUCACCCUGCACCAUGGCAAACCGACUGGCACCAUAGGAUGUUACUGAAAUAUUUAUCUGAGGAAAGACUUAAGAAUUAGAGAAACAACCUUUUCUUAAUUCUAUACAUAUAAAUAUAUAUAUAAACACUUGUAAGAUAUUCAUAUUUUAUAUUUGAACUAGUAUGUUAUCAAGAUUGAAUGUAGUGGUUAUCAUGCUAACUCAAAAGAAUAAAUCUCCCCACAACCUUUUAUUGCUUUUGAUUUUUCUCUUCUUUUUUUUUAACUGACCAAAAAUAUGAGGAAAUCUGUGAGGAUGCCUCCGUUUUGACUAGCGGAGCUCAAGACGCUGAAGCAUCUGACCUUAAUGCUUUAUUUUUAUUAUUAUUAUUAAGGCUAAGAAUCUAAUUUGUUGUGGAUUUGAUUUGCUGUGAUGUCUUUAACAAUCAUUUUUCUUUAACUUUAUGCCUUUGAUUGUUUUUGUAUACCGUGAGAGGAUGCGAUCACUGGCUUUCAUAUGUCGACUGAGUGGAUUAACGUUAUCAUUUAUGCCUUACUGUUACGUAGAAGACUUGAGCAUUGUAGCAUUGUGUGUGGCGAGGGCUAAUUUCACUGAAACGAUAGAUAUUUUGGGGCAUUUUAAGAGUGGAAUGAUGUUUUUGUUCUCGACAGGAUGGGAAAAACUCUACUUAUAAUUUCAGUUGCUUUUUGUGUGUGUUUGGGUUGUCUGCCACCUUUAUGGUGCAUUCCCACGCCCCCCCCAUCUUUCAGCUGGUGUAUUGAGGGAUUUUUCUUUUCUUUUAUCAAACGUUUUGUUGUAAAGGAAUGCUGACUUUGUUUUGGACUGAGUUCAUCUACUGAUUUGGCCACAAGCUUCUGGCAGCCUGCUUUGGGGGAAAAACCUGGUUUGUGGUCAACUUUUUAUCCUUAUGAGCUGUUUUCUUGGCUUUUAGUGCUUCACUGUCAGUAGGUGAUCUUGAGACUUCAAGGCGUCCUCGCGGUUCAGCCAGGCGACUAUUUUCAGCCUGAUUAUGUCGGUUUGCUGUGGAGGAAAAAUGGUGGACCACCAGUACGGCAAAACAAACUGUUGUAUACCUCAUUUCUAACUCAAGACUGAGUGAAACCUGCUUUAAUCUAUUUAGGAGAAAAAAUGUUUUUAAAAGUAAAAAAAAAAAAAAAAAAAAGAAAAAAUAGUCCUUGGAGAAGCCUGCGCAUACCUGUACUGCCACAAGGUGGAGGCAGAUUACUCAGUGCUUUUGAAUAUCUGCUGUUUUUUGUUUUCACCACUUAUGCACCUGUAUUUUCUGGCAUUUGUCAGAGCUAAAAGCAAAAUCUGCAAUCCUUUGUUGCCACUUUAGUUAUUUUUCUACCAGUUGUCCUUGUGUUUGAACACUUCUCUUUAAGUUUGACAAUCUUUUUUUAUGAUUUUAAUUUUUUUUUAGGUCACUCUGACCCGGUACAAGUAUGUGCAGGUUUCUUUCUGUCGUGGCCCGCUCUUGGUUUCCUGUGGUACCAACACUAACCAAAGACUUCUAACUUGAUUGUACGCGAGCAACGCCGCCGUCUCGCCCAUCCCCGCCUCACUGCUCAGCAUCUAAUCCAGGCUGCACACCUCCUCCCCCCCUUUCUUCCCUCGGGUCACCCUUCCCAACACGUUUCAACUGUAAGGAGUUUUGCUUUUCUUUUGAAGUGAAUGUGCGUCCUGUCGGUGCAGCGGUUUCAGUGCCUGUGGGCGGGGAUCGGAGGGGGCUGAGCGGGCCUCUGUGACAGGCACCAACCAAUGUGGCGAUAGCUGGGUGAUGUUUUUUAAUACAUGCUGAGGGUGGAUCCUGUGCACGCCGUACUUGCUCAGGACCUUUGCCUCCGUCCUCCCUUUUCUAUGGUGGAAAAACCUCUCAUCUUCUCCUCCACCCAGAUCUGUUCCCAUUGUCUCCAGGAAUAAACACCCUGUAGUCAUGAAACCCUCCCUUUAUCAUCGUCUCCUCUCUACAGACUCUGUGGCACUAUGCAUCACGGUCCGUCCCCGAGCGGCCCAGACCUUCUGACCGACGGGGCUUCGGUGACACUUUUGUCGAAGGCUUUACUCCAGGCGAGGCUUUCCAGGCCUCACAAGCGCUAUCCCAAAGCAAAAAUCCAAAUAUUUAAACUUUUUGACAAACGCAGAUACCAAAGAUAUCUCUCUCUCUUUGUCUUUCUCUCUCUGUCUAUCCUGUGUCUGUGUCGCCCUUCCCGCCCUGCAGCAUGUGUAUUAAGAGACAAAACCCAGCUCUGGCUUUUAGUCCUUAGCCUCAGUAAUUCCAAAGCUUAGAUGUAUAUUUUGGUAUAUUUCUGAAAAGAGAAAAAAAAAAAAAACUUGCGUGAAAAGCGUCUAUUUGUUGUAACCUGUUUUUUUAUUUUCUGUCACAGCAUGGAACUAAUUGCAGAGCUGUCUUACUCUUAGUAGGUUAAAGAUAUAGUAUUUUUGUAUGUUUUUUUGGGUGUGUCAUGUGUGCGAUUAUCAGUUUUCCGGCCCAGGCAACCACGGCUUUCAAUAAAACAAAAAAAAAAAAAAACAAGAAAAAAAGAUGCCAACCAUGUACAUAUUAUGUCAGUGUAUCUUAAAAACUGCUUUCUGUAAAACAUUUCACGUCGGUAGCUUGGGCUGAUCUAAAGGAAUGUUUUUGUUUUUAUUUUCCUCCGUUUCUUACUCUGUAGUCGAUCGAUUUACUUUCCAGGACUCUAAUGUAAAGAGUUCUGGUUUUCACAUAAAAUACAACACUGAGAGAGGGACACUGCUCUGAUAUUAAUACAAAAAAAAAGAUAAAAAAAAAAAAAAAAAAGAAGCAUAAGUAAAGGCUUCCAGUCAUGGAGG